AACCUUCGCGUCUAAUUCUUGCCUCUCCAGGGGGAGAGACCACUCGUGAAUAACAACUUCAUCUUCCUCGCAUUCCCGUUCACUUAUUUAUCUGUUAAAAGUUACCGGAACAAGUGCUGUUUUUUUUCAUUAUAAAUCAGUGAACGUCGUCGAACGAUUUAACUCUUCUAAUAUGCCGGUGCGGAGUAUCAUGUGGCGGAUUCUCAUCGCUGCUUUUUUCACGGUCGUCGCGACCAUGGCUCAGGAUUACGAAGUUUCGGAUAUACAGUGCAGUGGUGCAGGCUCCGCUACAGAUUUACUGACCGCCAAAAUAAAACGGCCCGUGGGAUUCCGAGGUACGCCGCUAUUCGCCGAUGACAGAUCGGCCGAUCCACUCGUCGAUAUCAAUUGUCAAAUAAGACCAGAUCCGAGUGACCCCCAAGAGGACAAUUAUUUUCUCAAAGUCACGGAUUUCACACGCUGCGGAAUCCUCAAAAGAAAUGGUUUCAUUCAUCUGAGAAUCUGGUUCCCGGCAUUUCCGGGAGUCGUUAUGCUGGCCGAUCAAGAGCUCAUUUUGAUGUGCAGACCACCGGAGCCCACUUUGUUGAGACACAAAGCUGCAGGCUUCGCUGGAACGUUCCCUCACGGAGCGAGAGUUUCGGGCGUGGUUGAAGAAACUCCGGGACGUUUGGAGUACGAGGUCGCAUUGUAUCGCGAAGCGACCGGAAAUGUCUCCGAUUCGACGUCGAGUUCUCAAGCAGUUGAUCAGGCAGUUCCGAUCGGUACGAAAUUGCAAUUGCGGGCUCGUAUAAGCGCCGAAAGUGCUUGGAGCUACAUUAAAUUGAUAGAAGUCACCGUCAGCCCGGACCCCGAUCAACCUCACGCUUCUGGCAGCGUCGUACUUGUGAAGGAUGGCUGUCGUAACCGGGACUUUGCCUCGAUUAUACCGCAUCAGCCGGCACGUUAUCGUGAAAAAAAGAACGAAGUUUUUCUCGACUUUGAAGCUUUCUUGCUCAGUUCCAUGAGAGAAAGAUCGACACUCUGGAUACACUCGCAGAUCAAAGCUUGCAUGGAACCCCACGAUUGUCAGCCGGAUUUCUGCCUGGAUCUGUUCGAGCCUUCCGGUCAUGGAAAGCGAAAGCGUCGCAACCCCGAACGUGAGAUCGACACUUCGGAUAAUUAUUUGCCUCGUAGCGAGCGCUUAGUAAAGAAAUACAACGAUUCGACUCAAUAUACCAAAUUCAAGGAAAACAUCGAGUACACGGUUAUGAUGCCGAGCGACUUGUACGAUAAAGUUGCGGCGGGUUUGGAGGGUAGUUGCGGAAAUUUCCUGUACGUUGCGACUGGCCUUGGUGGUCUUCUCGCGAUAUCGGCUUGUAUAAUGUGUUAUCUUGCUUCUCGCCUACACAAUUUGGCGACGAGCGUACCAGCGCAGAGUAAAACUAUCGACGAGCUCGUGCGAGAACGAGCGAGAAAAUACUGCGAAGCCAUUCCUGCUUACACAGGCAGAUCGAUGGUCCAAUAGCUUCCUUUCUAAUCCAUCCAUUCGUCAGAUAGUUCAUUACGAUUAUUGACGAUUACUCAAUAACUAAAAUAAUUGUAUCAAUUAUUGUAAUAAUUAAUUAUCAGAAAUCUUGUAAUUAAUUAUUAUGAUAGCUCUUCAUUGUUUAUGUAUUUAUUUAUUUAUUUAUUUAUUUAUUUAAUUUUAAAGAAGAAGGAUCGGUUGAAGAUUAUCAAUGUCUCUUCGAUCGACCCUGAAAUUCUCAACGAAAGUCGAACAAGGGUGUAUUGAUCGGAGCUCGAAGAAAUGACGAAAUUAUUGCGAAAGUAAUUUUCUCCGAAGCUCUAAACGGACUCGAAAACGACCCCAAUUUUUUGGUGUUGACAUAUUUUUGAAACUUCUCCAAAAUUAUGUUUAAUUUCAAUCAUCAAAUGGUUCUUUGUUUUGCAUGGUUCUCUUCGUUACUCAAAAAUUAUACAAGAAUGUAACAAUAUAUUUUUAAUCAAUAUUCACAAAUUAUUAUCUCAAAGGACCGUUACGAAAGAGUCCGCACGUUUCUGGAUCUCAAUAAGAUACCGGUGAGAAGUUCGGGGGCAUUUUCGACCCCGUUUUUAUGUUUCGAUGUUCGGAGAAUGUCUUGGAUUAAAACCAAAAAACGUAAAUUAACAGCGGUAGAAAUACAAGAAAAAAAAAAAAUAGGAAAAUUUGGUUGUCGUACUUAUUGAUAAAUGUAUCAAUGGUUAAAUUUGUGAGGACGGAAGCGAAGAAUGGAGAGCAUUAUUAUACUGUUGAAACAUAUAUUUGCAUUUUUGAAGACCCCGAUAGGUACAUCCUCGAUCGCAAAGCGACUUGCAAUUUGAAAAAAAUGCUACUCGACACAUCUAUUUGUUAAUCUUUCUAGUAAUUUUAUUACAUUAUCUAAUAAUUACGAUGUUUUGGUGCGCUAGAGGGCAGUGCUAUGACGUGACCUGAAAACAACUUUGAUGUAGUAUCGUUUAUAUUGUAUCGCUCGGUAUAUUUCUACGAAUGAAUAUUAUUGGAUCUUGAUUGGGCCGAGUAAAUCGAGGCACUUUCGGAUUUCUGGGGCAAUGGUUAAAGGCAUGAUUUCGCGGAUAAUAUUUACGUCACACACUUUGUACAUAUAAAAUAAACAAGAUCAUUUUUUAUAUUUUUCCUUUGUUUUUUUAACGCUUCGCACAGCGAUUCAUAAUCCCACAGAUUUUCCAAUUAUUAAUUAUAUCGCCUCAAUGGAGAAAA